CAUUUAUCAGUUUGUUUAUUCCACAUUACUAAUUUCUAGAUCUAAUUUUUUUUUCUGCGUAAAUUUAUGAUUUCAAAAGUUAAACAGCAAAUUUUAUAAAAAGAAUUUCAUUUAUUUGUCUAGUUUUUACUGUUGAACGUGACGUCAAGGGAGGAAAAGAAGGGAACAGAUCACCAGACUUCAAUCUUGCAAGCACAACCAGUACCUGCUUCAAAACAACAAACAAACAUGGCUGGUUUUGACGAUCCGGGAAUUUUUUUCAGUGACAAUUUUAGUGCAGAAGAUGGCCAGCAAGCAGACGAGAGACAUGCAAACAACCAACAGAUAAAAAACAAGUUCAGAGAGUUUUUGAGGCAGUUUCACGAGAAUAACUUCAUCUACAAAUAUAGGGACCAACUGAAACGUCACUACAAUCUACGCAAGUACCAUGUAGAAGUUGACCUAGAUGAUCUUUCCCAUUUUGAUGCUGAUCUUGCUGAGAAGGUCAGCAAGUCCCCAGCUGAUCAUAUGUCGUUGUUUGAGGAUGCUGCAAAAGAGGUGGCAGACGAGAUAACCCGUCCAAGGCCGGAGGGCGAUGAGGAGGUGAAGGACAUUCAAGUGACCCUUACAUCAUCUGCCCAUCCAUGCUCCAUCAGGGAUCUAAAGUCAGAUCAGAUGUCCCAGUUGAUAAAGAUUCCUGGGAUAAUAAUAGCAGCAGCGUCUACAAGGUCUAAAGCCACCAGGAUCACCAUUCAGUGCCGAAGUUGUCGGAAUUUUCUCAACAACAUUCCUGUGAAGGCGGGGUUUGAGGGUUAUGCCCUUCCUAGGAAAUGUCCAACUGACCAGGCAGGCAGACCAAAAUGUCCAGUUGACCCAUUCUUCAUUGUCCCCGAAAAGUGCAAGUGUGUCGAUUUUCAGGUAUUAAAAUUACAAGAGUCUCCAGAGGCAGUUCCUAAUGGAGAGCUGCCCCGACACAUGCAACUUUACUGUGACAGAAAUCUUUGUGAGGCUGUCGUGCCUGGAAAUCGAGUCUCUGUCAUCGGUAUCUAUUCUAUCAAAAAAAUGGCUGGCUCUAAGAAAAAUUCCAGAGAAAAAGUAAAUGUUGGUGUUCGUCUGCCAUACAUCCGAGUCCUUGGUAUGCACAUUGACUCGACUGGAUUGGGCAGAUUAGGAGUAAGCAGAACCAUUUUGUCGGCUGAUGAAGAAGAAUUUCAUCACUUAGCUUCUUCGCCUAACAUUUAUGAAACCAUCGCUAAAAGUAUAGCGCCAUCUAUAUUCGGAAGCUUGGAUAUCAAGAAGGCCAUCGCUUGUUUGCUGUUUGGCGGAUCUAGGAAAAGAUUGCCGGAUGGACUGACAAGAAGGGGAGAUAUCAACUUAUUAUUGCUGGGGGACCCGGGGACUGCCAAGUCGCAACUCUUAAAAUUCGUCGAAAAUUGUGCCCCAAUUGGAGUUUACACAUCUGGCAAGGGCAGCAGUGCCGCAGGACUUACGGCUUCCGUCAUCAGAGACCCAGCAUCUAGAAAUUUCAUAAUAGAAGGAGGAGCCAUGGUCUUGGCCGAUGGGGGCGUGGUUUGCAUUGACGAGUUCGACAAAAUGAGAGAAGAUGACAGGGUGGCCAUACACGAGGCCAUGGAGCAACAGACAAUAUCCAUAGCUAAGGCGGGUAUAACGACGACGCUGAAUUCUCGUUGCUCGGUGCUGGCCGCUGCAAACGGCAUCUACGGCAGGUGGGACGACACAAAGGGAAGCCAGAACAUCGACUUCAUGCCGACGAUCCUCUCCAGAUUUGAUAUGAUCUUCAUCGUUAAGGAUGAACACGAUGAAGCCAGGGACGCCACGAUAGCGCGUCACGUGAUGAAUUUGCACGUGAAUGCAGUCCUGAUGACGGAGGAGUCGAGGCCCGGGGAGUUGCAGCUUGAGACUCUCAAAAAGUACAUCACUUAUUGCAGAAAUAAAUGUGGACCGAGGUUAUCGCCAGAGGCAGCGGAAAAGUUGAAAAAUAAAUACGUCCUGAUGAGGAGCGGGGCGUCGGACUACGAAAAAGAAACAGGGCACAAAAAUACCAUACCUAUCACUGUUAGACAACUUGAGGCAAUUAUUCGAAUCUCUGAGUCACUGGCCAAGAUGAGGUUGGCCUCUUUCGUAACCGAGACAGACGUCAACGAGGCCCUCAGACUCUUCCAGGUGUCUACCCUGGAUGCUGCCAUGUCUGGACAGCUGUCUGGAGUUGAAGGCUUCGUAACAGAAGAGGACCAGGAACUACUGAAUAGGAUUGAGAAACAGCUGAAGAAGAGAUUCGUCAUCGGUUCUCAGGUCUCAGAGCACGCCAUCAUCCAGGACUUUGUUAAACAGAACUACCCGGAGAGGAGCGUGAUAAAGGUCAUCCAAUCGAUGCUUAGAAGGGAGGAGCUGCAGCACAGAAUGCAAAGGAAAAUGCUUUACAGGGUCAAGUGAAAUGUCCAGCUCAUUAUGAAACUAGGUCACUUGAAGUUUAAUUUGCAACCAUGCGUGGCUAGUUGCGGAGAGAGAUCGGCAGUUGUUGUCCAUCAACUAAUUAACAUGACUGAUCAAUACUAAUUUACAUUUAGUUGUUAUUAACUAACCAAUUAAAUAAUUAAUUAAUUAAUUAAUUACACAACUUUUCGUAUUUGUACGUACGCGUUUCAAAAAGAGGAAUGAGUAACUCCUCCGAGUUGCUUCUUUGGUCGAUUGCGUGUUUUAUUGUUAUGUAAUUGGGUUAAUUGAUGUUAUAAAUAAAUAUAUAG